CCCCCACCUCGACGCACGCCCACCCCCACGCCAGCACGCCCGCGCCCACGCCCACGCACGCCCUCUCGCCAGGCCCGGGGCACGCCAGUCUCUCCGCGACGGUGCCCGCCCGCGACCCGACCUUCAGCUUCGGGGUCGCCAACAGCCAUUCCACGCCCACGGGACUCUACGGCCACGCCCAGACGCACGCCCACGCCCCCUCGCUAGCCCCGCCCACUACCUCCAGCUUCCUUCAGUCCCACGCGGGUUACCACGGGGCCUUCCUCGCCUCGGCGCACACGCACCAAAAUGGAAAGGAGGGCGUGCAGCUGUCGGUGCCCGUGGUGUCGGUGGCGUCCCAGCGGCGCCACUCGUUCACGCCGCACCACGACGACGACGAGGACGACUACUCGACGGCGACCACCAACACGGGCGGCGCCGGGGGCGGCGUGGGCGUGGCCAGCUUCUCCGGCAGCGGCAGCUCCUCCUCCGGAAGGCGGCCCGCGACCAUCCCGGCGUCGGAGAGCUUCAUGGGCGGCCCCGGCGACCUGUUCCGCGGCUGCUACGGCGCCCUUGACCCCCACAAGAAGGGCGGCCAGCCCGCGCUCGCCCUCCAGCGGUGUCUGCCGCCGCCCUACUGGCGCGGCAAGAACAUGGCGCGGCUCAUCAAGGAGCAAAAGCGAAAGCUCUUCCACACGCCGCUCUAUGACUCUGAGGUGGCGCUGAAGAAGCUCUACAUCCAGACCGUGCGCCGCCUGCCUGCCUUCGCGUGCCACCUGCAUCAGGUGAAGGAACUCCUGCGAGGGAAGACCAAGAAGAAGGCCCUUGGGUAUCCUGCACAGGCAUCCCGUCUGCUGGGCAUUGGUGCCAACACGAUCGUGCUCCUCGACACCAAGACCAAGAUUCUCGCCAAAGCACAACACACGCAGGAUCUGAUCCAGUGGCGAACGGGCGGCGGGCGUUCCCAUGACCGCCUGGUGCUGGAGUUCCGCGGAACGAAAUGGACCUUCAGCGUCGGUUCCAGCACGAGUCUCACCGACUUGGGCCGCGCCCUCUGGGCCAUCUUGCAGAGUGAGGACCCGCUCCAGAUCACGGGGCCACAGCAGGGCCACGCCGUCACGCACAGAGGAGGUGAGCUGGUGCGCCGUGGAGCUUGCCUGGGGAUGCUCUACUCCGCCGAGCUGGAGCGCCUGCAGAAGCUGCUCCAUUUCCCCGAGGAGGUGGCGCUGCAGCUGACGGAGGUCGAGUACGAGCUGUACUACCGGGUGCCGCCCAUCGCCUACGUGAGGCAUGUCACCAGCGACCUGCGCCCGCGUCCUCAUGCAGACAACCUGCCGGCGACGCCCUCCGUGGCCCACCUCACCAAGAGGUUCCAGGAGGUGUCGUCCUGGAUAACGCACGUGAUCGUGUCGCAGCCCACGCACGAGGACAGGAAGGCCGUGCUGUCCUGCAUCCUGCGCGUGGCCCUCGCCUGCUGGAACAUGGCCAACUUCAACGGGGCCAUGGAGAUCCUCACGGGGCUCAAAUCCGAGAAGCUGAAACCCUUCUGGCUGAGUCUGGAGAACGAGCACCUGCCCGUCUUAGACUUCCUGACGGAGCUGCUGCUGGGGGAGUGCCGCGCCAAGUACGAGUCCGCCCUGGACCGCGCCCUCCACCUGCCGGAGUGCCGGGUCGUGCCCUUCUUCGGCUAUUUCCUCAAGGACCUCACCAAGAUCCUGCAGUCGACGCCGUCUCUGGUCGUCCUCGCAGAAGACGGACAGGAGGUCGAGUUCAUCUCCGACUACUGUGGCGAGGACGGCUUCUUCACGCGCAUAGGGCCCGGCGGCUUAAUCAACAUGACGAAGCUGUACGAUGCCCAGACCAUUGUGGAAAGAAUUGCCACUUUUCACCAGCAUUAUGUGGCCAGGUCGCAUCACUUGGCUCAGACCAUGUUGAAAGAUUCUCUGAGCAUGGUUAGCACAGGAGACCAGGAAGACGAGGCAGGCAACGGGGAACUGGAGGAUUACCGUCCCGUUCAGCCGCUGAGUAACGACCACGGAGUCACCCUCAUUCCGCUGCCCAAGUCCACAGUGGGGCUCAACCUCCAUACACUCCAGAUCCUCCACCAUGGCACAACCGUGGUAUACUGGGACCCUGAGAGUGGACGUAGCUGCCUCGUGUACCUUCGCCUGGAGCGCUGCAACGGAACUCUCACUUGGUGCCGUCCUCCCUGGUCAGCCCUGAAGACUGGCCACUCCUCCUCUCAGCCAGACUACAUUCUAAGUGCUAACCCGGAAGACCUGGUGUCUCCUGGGCUUCUGCUUAAGUAUUCAACUUCUCCUGAACUGACCGGGGGGUCACCAGAAGAAGGCUUCGUACAAAUCGCUUGCCUGAAAGAGAUCGAACCUGGCUCUCGUGACGUGAACUGCUCAGCUGUUGCCAGAAGAUACUACUUAGACGGCCCCAUCAGCUCCGACCACUGCGUCACGCUGGUCUACGGAGCCAACCUCGCGGAUAAUCGGCUCAUGGUGUUGGUGGCGCCUCCUUCCGUCGCUAAACUUUGGUGCCAGGGAUUACAGGUGUUGGUUCGAGCGCAGAGAAGACUGGCAAGCAUAAGUGACAAGCGCCUUUGCUGGCUGAAGGAACAGUAUCUCAAGCUUUACUUCGAGGAUGAGGGGUGCAGUGGACCGAAACCCGCCGAGGCAAUCAAGAUCUUCGGGGGGCGGAACUGGGGCACCUCGACGGUCGGCGGGAGCAUGUCGCCCCAGGACCCCACGGCCGCCAAACGCAGCUCGGGCUCCACCAAAAUCAAGAAGCUGAAGCCUCAAGCCACCAUGAACAUCGCCAAGGACGGCGCGAGAGGGAGCGAGGAGCUGCGCGUCGCCCCCUCGCCGGCGCUCUCCACCGCCAGCAGGAGGACGAUCGCGCCGCCCGUGCACCCGUCGCCCCCGCGCCCGAGGCCCAGCGACACGCCGGCAGAGCACCUGAUCGGCCCGGCGACGCACCCGCCCAUCCUGCACUCCCCGGGCCUCGGCAGACCGCCCUACGACCACACCACUGGCCUGCCGUCGCCCUCGCAGCAGAAUAUUGGGUACAGGGAACGCAGUCGGUCGGGGGGAGCUGGCGAAUUCAUGACGGUGACCCCGAGGGGCGUGAGGGGGGAGCCCAUCACGCAGGCGGCGGCGCUGGACUUCACCGACUUCGUGGUGCUCUACAAAUCGUUCAGUCUGCGCGCGAGAAUCGACCUGAGGGAAUUAUUCAGAACGCUCGCCAUCACGCGGAAGAGUCUCUCGGACAGUUCCCUCGAGGACCCCGUCAGUCCUGCGUCGCCUCCGAGUCCGCUGUACAGGCCGGCGCUGUCCAAGAGGACGCUCCUCACCAGAAACACCUCGUUAGAUCUUCUAGUCUUCAAGAAUAACUGCCACAAGAAAAAGAUUUUCGAUGCUAUUGCAGUUGCGAGCAUCGUGACCAACUGCGCUGGGCUUGAUAGUUCCAAAAGUCAGGUCAUCACAAUGCAAGAGCUACGCAGGUUCCUCGAGGAACACCAAGGAGAAUAUCGUUCAGAUGAAGAACUUCGAAGUCUUCUCGACCGCCAUGAACCUGAUCCAACGCUGAGAUCUCAAGAGCUGCUGUCGUUUGAGGGGUUUGCCAGAUUCAUGAUGGACGAGGACAACUACGCCUUCCUGGAUGAGCGCUCCGUGCCUGACGAGAACGACAUGACGCUGCCCCUGUCCAACUAUUACAUCGCCUCCUCACACAACACCUACUUGACGGGGCACCAGCUGAAGGGGGAGUCCUCGGUUGAGCUGUAUAGCCAGGUGCUAUUGACUGGUUGCCGUUGCGUUGAGCUGGACUGCUGGGAUGGAGACGAUGGUAACCCUAUGAUCUACCACGGCCAUACCUUCACCACUAAGAUUCCUUUCAGAAACGUCGUGGAAACAAUAAAUCGCAGUGCCUUCAUCACUUCUCCUUACCCCAUCAUCCUCUCCAUCGAAAAUCACUGUUCGGUUCAGCAGCAGGCAAGGAUGGCGCAGAUUUUCAUGCAGGUCUUUGGCGAGAAGCUGGUCACCAAAUUCCUGUUCGAGUCUGACUUUUCCGAGGACGUCCACCUCCCCAGCCCCUCCCAGCUGAAGUACCGGAUUCUCAUUAAGAACAAGAAACUCGUGGCGGACAUCGGGCCUGGACUGAGCGUAAGGGGGCUUUCCAACAAGCCCAGUGGCCGCACCAAUUCCCUGGUGAGCAACGCGUCGACGGGGUCCCUGAACGAGGCGGAGACCGAUGACGAGGAUGAUGACGAGGAUUACGAUGACGAAGACCACAACCCCUUCGACGUGACUCACCCGGACAGCCUUUACGAAGACGAGAAACACUGCCUAGUAAUUAAGAGCGUGUCGAUGGGGACGCGAACGGAGUCCCUCUCCAGCGCGGAAGGAAAUCGCCUGCGACCCAAGUCUCAGAGCGACGAAAACCUGAUCGAUGACGACACCCCGGUCCCCAAGGUAAAGAAACAGAGCAGCCAAAUAGCGAAGGAGCUGUCCGACCUCGUCAACUACUGCCAGGCGGUCAAGUUCCACGGUUUCAAUCUCGCCAGCCCGCGGGAGUCCGUCAAGGCCAAGAAGAUCGGCGGGCGAAAGAGCACCGUGCAGCCGCCCAUCAUUACGAACACGCCCAUUUUGGUCCACACGCAGAUGGCUUCGGAUCCCAGCCGCCUGGAGCCGAUCCUGCAGCCACCCAUCCUGAAGAGGCCGAUGGGCGUGCACCCUUGUUACCAGUGCUCCUCGCUGAACGAGAACCACGCAAAGCGCCUGUGCCGACGCCAGCCUUUGGAUGUCAUACAGCACACGGAGACACAGCUGAUGCGCACGUACCCAGCGGCCAUGCGCAUUGACUCUUCCAAUUUCAACCCACUCUACUUUUGGGCAUUUGGUAUCCAAAUGGCUGCGCUGAACUAUCAGACAGAUGACACGUACUUACAUCUGAACUAUGCGAUGUUUGAGCAGAAUGGUAGGUGUGGGUACGUUCUAAAGCCUAGAGUGAUGUGGGACUACAACCAUAUGAUGUAUAGAAGGUUCAAUCCUUUCGACAAGGAGUUCGAUGGCCUCCACGUGUUGAAUCUCAAGGUUUCUGUGAUAUCAGGACAGUAUGUUUGUGCAAAUAAUUUCCAAGGGAGUCCACAAGUUGAGGUCGAGAUUCUUGGCAUUCUUGUUGACUGUAACAAAUUCAAAACCAAGGUGAUUCAUAGGAACUCUUUCAAUCCCAUUUGGAACGAUACUUUUAAUAUAAGGGUGAUGUUCAAAGACCUGGCCUUUUUGCGCCUAACGGUAACCGACACGGCGACUGGACACACGACAGCGCAGCGGAUCCUGCCGCUGGGGCGUCUGCGGCGAGGCUACCGCCACGUGCGCCUCCGCAACCAGCAGAACCAGCCGCUCCCAGUUUCCACGCUCUUCAUUUACACGCUGAUGGAGGAGGAGGAGUACGAGAUCCAGCAGCUCUCGCCGAGGAUGGACUUGAGCACCGACUCGGCGAAAGUGAAGGAGUCCCACGUUGAGCACCACGAAAUCACCCCCACAGUGCCCCUCAAAAGGAGAAAGUUCUUCGUGAAGAUCCACGGCGUUGUCCCGGACGAGCCGUACACGGUGAUCAGUGCGACCCAGGAGUGCACGACAAGAGAUGUCAUUAGCAAGGCUGUGGCGAGAAUAGGCAAAGGAGCUCGCCUGGAGGACUACAUCCUCAUCGAGGAAGUGGCCAAGGGGUGGCAGAGGAAGGGGGACAACCCCACCACGCAACGCAUUUUAGACAUCAACGAGCGCCCUCUGGAGGCGCAGGCUCACUGGCAGGGAGAAGGGAAGUUUGUCCUGAAGAAGACCUCAGAUGACCCGAGCACGAGAGCCUGGCUGACCACCAUCAUGAGCACGGCCUCGAAGGAGAAGAGGAAAAGGAACACGGAGGGAGACAUGUCCGAAGAGGCGAAGGGCUGGGAGGAAGAAGAUAACUUCCUGGUGUGUGUGUACAACGUGUCGGCUCAGAUCCCGUACACGAUCCUGAAGGCUCCGACAUCAAGCACUGCGCAGGACAUCUUGGCCCAGGCGCUGGUGAAGGCGCGCCGCAUGGAGGACCCUGCUAGGUUCGUGCUGGUCGAGGAGCUGGAAUACGGCCAGCUCACGGAGCUCACCGGAAGCACCACGAGCCGCCGGAAGCCACGCAUCGAGCGGAGGGCGUUGCCGGACUCGGAAAACAUCUACAAAGUUCAGGCCGCUUGGAAAACGCUGGGGAAGCUGGUGUUGAGAGAACGAGGUGCUGCCCUGGACGGAACCUUCAGCCGGGCGACAGCCGCUGCCUCGGCCCUGAGCUCGACGCUGUCUACCGCCAUCAGCCGCGUCAGCCGCUCCAGGCACUACGAGCGGCGGCCCGUCAAGGAGACGUACAGCGACCCGAGCGCCCUCGCCGCCGCCCACGAGAACUUCCCUGACCGCAGGUUCAAGAGCCUGCACGACACGUGGCGGGCGGGGGGCGGCCCGAGCGGCGCCCACUCCGAGGGCGAGAUCCUCUCGGACGAAGAGCACCCGCCAUCCGAUCUCAGAGCCGCGGUCCACAAGCUAAAGAAAGUGUCUCUCAAGAAGCUGCAGAAAGUGUGGAGAUAAGUUGAGACCCGAAUGUAUCCUAACUGUAUUUGUCACAUAUUAAUUAUUCUAAAGAUAAUUUAGGGAAAAGAAUUACUGUAGAGGUGUAAGUUUUAUCCUGUUUGCUGUAAGGAACGAUCUAAAGACAUCUUUCGGCUUUGCUUUUGGAAGAAAGGAUGAACUCGACUAUUUUUCCAUUAUUACGAUCUCAGACUCUGGGAAGUUGAGGUUGCUUCCGAGCCCACGAGCACGCGCUGGGCAGCGAAGUGUCCCCAUACCAAAGAUUAUUGUGGUUACACCAUUAUUAAGCUCAGGCACUGAAUCAUGUUCAUGUACAUAAAGACGGUUGAGCGAAAACAGUCUUCAGGCGGCGCUAACCCAUUGAAAAGCAACAAGGUGUUCGUUUCCGUUGGUAGAGUCGUGGAGUACCUGUUUGUCUUCACAGUGAACUCAAGUGACUUAAAAUACCCGCAGUUCGAAGGAGACUUUCACUCAUUGUAGAUAAUGUUCAGUGAGAUGAAGCCAUCCAGUGUUUUUAAUCUUACACUUUUAUAUCACUCUUAAAUCACAGUGGACUCAAUGGCUGGAGUUAAAGACUAAUAUAACACGCAGUUUUCUCCCGAGUACAAAGGGAGUUGUUUGUUAUUGUGAUUGUGAUGUUGGUAAUGUGUUGGUAUUAGUGUCAUUAUUUUUUUGUGAAGAAAGAACGGGUUAAGAUGGCCUUACUACAAGGUUUGAUUUUGGAUUAAAUUAGAUUUUCGUGUAAAUAUUUGUAAAUACGACUUUAAAGUAAUUAUAACUAUGUAUAUUGCCCUUUCAAAUGAAAUAUUUUGCAUAAAUACCUCUUCUAUGUCAGUGAUCAUAAAUCAUAUCCAUGUUGUAGUUGAUGUGUUGUAGAUGAUGAUGUGUUCCAAAGGUUUGUAGAUAAUGAAAUAAGGUGGUUCAGCAGAUAGUGAUCUGGACAGUUCUAUUGAAAUAUAUAUUUUUUUGUGCAUAUCAUAUAUUACUAAGUAAAAGAUUAUGCAAAGAUAAGGCUUAGUCACACCCCCGAUCCUGUUCAGAAUUAUAUGUGUUUUCCCAUUGUAAAACUCAAAUAGCGGUAAUCCUGAUAACUACACAACAGUGUUACUGACCACUUUUUAUUACAGUAAGGUGUGUUUGUCUCUUAUAUGAAGAUGAAGUUCUACAUGCUUACCUAUUUAAAGAUUCUUUAAAUAUAUUCUGUAAAGAUUGGACAGCAGAAAGGAACAUGACAGUAUAUUUAUUGUUUGCAAAGUAUUUGCUUUUUGCAAUUUUAAGGUAUACCUAUUUAUUGUAAAUCAUUAUUAUUAUGAAAUUAAGUUAAUUAUAUACAGCCUGCAUAUUGUAAGUACUAGAUAUUUUGUGUUUACCAGAUGUCAGAUAUCUGACCACAGCAGGGCGCCAUGCUGUAUCGUACCUUUCUUUUUGAAAGAACAGUCUGGUAAUUCUAACAUUUACGGCAACUUUGGCCAUCACGCUUGGCCACGUGAACCUCCACAUCAAAGAAACAGCCCUUCCAGUAAGGGAGCUCAUUCAGUUCCGGUGGCUCAGUCAGCUGAAGUUGUGGUGAAUGGAAGUGUAAUUAAAGUUAUAGAUGUUAUUUACAGCGUCUACUGGGGAGUUUAGUGAAGAGAAGUUCCAUGAGGACGAGUUCCGUUCGAAAGUUUUAAUUUCAAAUCACGCUUCUUUUAAAUUGUGUAUACAGAGUAUAACCACUUGGAAUUUGUUACAGUAUUAUUGCUACUUUAAAACACAAUUCAUAUUAACAUGAUAUCCUUCUUCUCUGGUGGUUUGCAGCCCUACUGUAUUUUCUCCAUGGUCUUGCAAAUUGCAGUCUUACGAUUAAAUCAGUUUUGAAUACUUCUAGCAUCUCCUGUGAGUCCUUUCUUGAGGGACUCGCAGCCAAGAUUACCUCACCUUUUCUUCACAGUCCAUCCUAACUCUUAGCCAAACUGAGGCAUGGCUACAUCUACUACAGUAUCUAAUUGAUGAUUCUGUGCUACACCUUCUCAGCACUAAUCUGCAAGACAGUUGCUGAUCAUCCAUAUACGUUGUUUAUGUGGCGUGAAAUCAGAACUUAUUAGCAUGUGAAGUAAAAAGAUCUGGCUUGGUCGUGUAGAAGUAAACAAAGUAUUUUUGAUAACUAUACUAUUUUUUUAAGAUGACAGCUUACUGGAUUUGCAUUUAUCAAACUUUUUUAACAAUUUAUUUGAAUUAACUUGUCUUCCUACAAAGUUUUGCCAAUUUAUGAAUACCAAGUUUUCAUAUUCAUUCAUUUAUGUAAUUCCCAGUAACAUAAUUUAUUCCAAAGUACAGGUGUUGUUAUGAAUACUCAAUGGGUAAAUUUCAAGAAAUGACUGCAAAACUUGAUCUAUUUAUUUUAUUUUAUUUUUUGUCGAAAAUAACUGGUGUUCAUGUCUUUACAUUCAUUUGAGUAGCUUUAAAAAACAAACAAAAAUAAUAUUAAUCACAGAAAAAAAUGCUUUUAUUAUAUUAUAAAUGUCUUAUAAGGAAAAAAAAUAUAUGUUAAUGAUUAUUAAUAUCUAGACACAACAAAGAAUCCACUUGCGUGACAUCCCACUCCAUUUCGCAGAUCAAAAUACGCAUAUCAUGAUACCAAGAAAAGAAAAGAAAAAAAAAUGUAUGACCAUUUACAUUUCAAAUCUUAAAUCAGUUUUACAGCCAUUUGACAAUCACAGUAAAGUCAUCUAUUUAAGUGUUCUAAACAUAGUCAUAAGUGUAUUUAGUUAGCAAAGGAUGAUUCAAUUAUAGGUUGAACUAAUGGCUAAAUUUGUAGAUAUACAGAUAACUGAAUAAAUCUACUCUGCACACAUUUACUUGGUGAACAGAGUAACUAAGAUGUGAGGAUUUUGCAACUAGGUAUCUUAUCAUAAGAGCAUACCUUAGAGAAGUAAAAAUGAAUAGGUACAUUGUGUUGUUAAUUUUGAAGUUAACAUAUGCCUCACUUUGUGUUACUCUGUCAUAAAAAUACAUUGUUGGUCAGUCAGUCUCUGACUACAUAAUAAUGGUGUAUACAUUUAAGUACUGUUUAUGAUGGCCAUUGUUGACUAGUCUAAAUUACUUGUCUCAUCUGUGACACUGCUAGUCAAUCUGAUUUUCACUUUCCAAAAAGUCUCCUUGAAUACAAUUCUGUGGUCAUUUCAUUAUCAUCAGUUGAUAUUUAGGUGUCAUACAAGAACCUCUUACUUUGUACAAAUCAAAUUCAUAUGGCCAGAUUACACAUACUGAACAGCAAAUUACCCCAAUUAUACCAUAUUGCAGUAUGCUGUAUGUGUGAUUUCAAGGUAGUGUUCACCAAGUAAUUAGUGUAACUGAAUUGCAUACAAAAUCCAUAUCAGUCUUCUUCAAUCACCAAUUGACACUCAGUAUACUACAGAUAUCAACACAUCAAGUAAAGUGACUUAUGAAGUAUUGUAUAUGAAAAUACAACAUGUGAUUAAAAUCUGUAGUUCUUUUGUGUUCUACAUACAUGUCCUAUUACGGUAUCAGUCAGCUUUUCUCUUUGAACGUUGCAGUGCAAUGUCUUUAAUCGGGGAGUGCUAUGUUUUCUGUUAAAGCUUUAAGAAAGUAUUCAAGACAAACCACAUUAAAUCAAUAGGAUCAUGUAUCGAUAUCCAAUAACUGUGUCUUUUCGCAGUACCCAUUUCAGUGUCUUACACAAAUACUAAAAUGAAACUGGAAUAUGGAUUUCCUAUUAAAAGGACAAUGAAUAGAUACAGUUCACACAGCACAGAAAAAAAUGAUAAAAUGUUCAUAUUUAGUUGUCUGAAAAGUAAAUCUAUUACUUUGAUUGUGAAGUAGAUUUUCUUUUUAUUUUCACAAAAAAGCAGUACUGUAAGAUGGAUGAAUUUUUUUGUUGGUCAGGCUUGUGAUAUCAUAUUUCUUCCAUUAACUGGAUGAGUGUUCGUACUUUGGCAUAUCAAUAAAUAAAAUGCUGCUACAGUGUAAUGCAUCAGAUAUCAAAGGUAUUCCAUUAAAUGUAAUUUUGACUGUGCCAUAUUCUUGAGGUGUUUAAUUCUGUAACAUACCAAAUACUUUUAAAAUCUUAUGAAAAGUAUUUCCCCCCUUUUUUCUAGCCAAAACACCUGAAUGUAUAUAGAAAUGCACAUCUCUAUAUGUAUUCCUUUAUGUAAAUGAGAAUUUAUGUGUUCCCCUUCUUCAUUAUUGUUUGUAUGUUCAUUAUUGUGUGAAAGGUUUAGGAUUUAAUCGUUUUCUAGGCCAUGGUGCAUGUAACACUUUUUGAUAUCAGUCAUUCAGAACAAGCCACACUGUAGACAGGCUUUCAUCUCAAGUAUUUAUGCAUGUUGUCAAAUGACACAAAAAUGAAUACUUAUAUUCACAAUGGUAUAUAAAUGUGAUUGGUUCAUUUGUAUCUGUGGCGUUGAUACUGUUACUGCUUUGUUUUGUGAAUAUUUUGAAUUCUAAUUCCCAAUUCAAUUCCUUGUUGUUGUUAUUUGUUGUGUAAGGAUUACUUCUAAAAUGGCUGAGUAAGUGUUUUCUACUUUUGAUAUUUAGAUAACUUCUUACCCAUUGCCAACGGCCUAUAUUGAGGGCUGGCGAUCGCUACGUCGGUACUUGAAACUUCUUACAGUGAAAAUAUUGAGUAUGUUGGUUGUAUGUGUAGAUCACUUUAUGUAGAAAUAAAUCUAUUAUCUUGAAAUGAA